AAAGCACCAGCUGCGCCUCUCCCACCCCCUCCCUGCCUGACAGCUGUCUCGCCCCAAGCUCAGGGAAAGCAGAAGUGCGGCUCCAACUAAUUCAGUCAAACAUGGCAACUAAAAAAGCUAUAUCCGCGACAAACAACAUUGUCGCUGUAAAUCCGCUUAUCCAGCAGACAGCGACCCCCACUUAAAUGGCAGCGCGGGAAAAGAAAUCAAGUUUUGCUUGGGUGUCCCAUCUCCCGUCAUACAUCAAUCCCACCCGCUGGACCCACAUUGGCCCCACCUCUUUCUCUAGGGCUUUCUAUUGGGUGUUUUUCUUCACUCUCCCUCCUAGCCACGCCCCCUGUUGACAGCGCUGCCCGGGCGCCCGCAUUUGGCAGAACGCUUGGCCAGUGGGCACUGGGCUCGAGCUGGUGGAGCCGUUGGGCUGGUGACGCAGAUUCCAUUGCGCCGUUAGCCUCGGAGCAUCCGGUAGAAGAACGGUCACUCGCGGGAAGGAGGACAUGAUUGCUGGCAGCUGCCUUCCACCUGCGGAUCGUUUUCUCGGAAUAACGGCAGUUCCUUAGAAGUGUUACGUGGGUCUGCGACUUGCGAGGGAUGGCUGGGAGGGCGCGCAGUGAAGACGAAGAGGAGGAUGGUCAGUUUACAGAACAUGAUUACGAUGUCUCGCUUCAGAAAGGGCCAAAGAAACCAUGGAGCAAAUUACGAUGGACAAAAGAUGAGGAUGACAAGGUGAAGAAGCUGGUCGAAAAGCAUGGAGAAGACUGGGGUGUGGUAGCUCGCCACUUUAUUAACCGUUCAGAAGUACAGUGCCAGCAUCGUUGGCACAAGGUUUUGAGUCCUGAACUUGUCAAAGGACCAUGGACCAAAGAGGAGGAUCAAAGGGUUAUUGAAUUAGUUCAUAAAUAUGGCCCCAAGAAAUGGUCUAUAAUUGCCAAGCAUUUAAAAGGGAGAAUCGGAAAGCAGUGCAGGGAGAGAUGGCACAAUCACCUAAACCCUGAUGUGAAAAAGUCCUCCUGGACAGAAGAAGAGGAUCGCAUCAUAUACAGUGCCCACAAGCGCAUGGGGAACAGAUGGGCAGAAAUUGCCAAGCUACUUCCGGGCAGGACUGAUAAUUCGAUAAAAAAUCACUGGAAUUCUACCAUGAAACGAAAGGUGGAGCAAGAAGGCUAUUUACAGGAUCUAAUGAACUGUGACCGACCGUCCAAACUCCAGGCCAAAUCCUGUGCCGCACCUAAUCACUUGCAAGCACAAAACCAGUUUUAUAUUCCAGUCCAGACACAGAUUCCAAGAUAUAGCUCUUUGUCCCACGAUGACAACUGCAUAGAGAUUCAAAAUUCCUUUUCUUUUAUCCAGCCCUUUGUUGAUGCGGAUGAUCCUGAAAAAGAAAAGAGAAUAAAGGAACUUGAGUUGCUACUUAUGUCAGCUGAGAAUGAAGUCAGAAGAAAGCGGGUACCAUCUGGGAGUUCUUUAAGCUGGUCAGAAAGUUAUCAUAUGGGGGAGAGCAUGUCCAAUACAAUGAGCCACUUAGAAGAACAAACACAUGACUUCUAUAGCCUAGAUGAAAUACCCAACACCUCUGGGCAGCAAAGUGUGGAGGACAAGAUUUUGGCUCCAGAAGCAAACAUUGUACUGCAGCCUCUGGAGACAAUCCCAGAAUUUUCAGAAACCUUAGAGCUGAUUGAUGUGGAUACUGUUGAUUGGAAUAACAUUGAAAGCUUUGAGUUGCCCUUUACUGCUUCCCCUGCCAAGCAGACGCCAAUGAAAUGGAUCCAUGAGAUUUCUCCAGAGUGUGCACUUAACUCUUGCUUGGUGCAGGCGGAUGGAAGGGGUUCAGCAAGUAGAGUGCUCUCCUCAUCUCCUGCUAUAAAGUUUUACUCACCCCCGACAAUUCUAAGGAAGAAGAAAAUUCACUCUGAUUUGUCGCUUACUCCAGAAGUACGGGAUGCCAGCAAUGUUGUUCUAAAGGGGACACCAGUAAAAACACGCCAGUAUUCCCCCUUACAGUUAUUUCGCUCUGGAAAUGUUCAAAACCAUUUGAAUCUUGACAACCUACCUCUCACCUCCACGCCAGUAUGUGGGCAGAAAAUCUCUGCAACUCCCCUACAGAGGCAAAUUACACCUAAAAAAGAUAAAGAAAAUGCUGGCUUUAGAACACCUACUAUAAGAAGAUCUUUAAUGGCCGUGACUCCUAGAACACCUACUCCAUUUAAAAAUGCUCUUGCUGCCCAGGAAAAGAAGUACGGACCCCUCAGAACCGUGAUGCAGCCUCUGAUCUUUGUUGAAGAGGAUAUCAUGGAGGUUUUAAAGGAAGAAACUGAGAAAGAUGUCUUCAUAAAAGAGGAAAAGGAAUCUGAUUGUAAACCAAUGAAACAUGAGCACGUUUCUACGGUGAGGAAAGUUCGCAAAUCAUUGAUCCUUGACAGCUGCGAUAAAGAGGAACUUGGUGCUGAUUUCCUGGCUCCGGAUGAAGUUUCUCAAUCUCAGAAUGGGAAUACACUUCCUACAUCUUUUCUCAUGAUACCUUUGGGGGAGAGACAAGACCAAAAGUGUGAUGAGAACACCGACACUCGUAAAGGAAGUGUAAUGCAAAGGAAAAAGUACAUUCCUGCCACGAGAAAUGUCAAGUUGCAAAGUUCUGUGCAGCCUCUCUGCGAAUGGGAAGCUGUUGUGUAUGGGAAGACAGAAGACCAAUUAAUCAUGACGGAGCAAGCAAGGAGAUACCUUGAUACCUACAAACCAACUUCCAGUUCUGGACUAAGGCACCUCAUUUUAUGAAUGUCAGAUAACUGGUGAUGCCAGUUGCCCCCAUUUUUACACUGUGCACUAAAAUAAUUAAUAUUUUUCUUAAUAAUUGUACAGUCGAACUUUUGCAGCACAUGUAUAAUAUUAUAGAAUGUAUUAUUUAGUAUAACUUUAAAAAGUUAGUUGUUUUUUUUACAAGCUCUGUAGAUCUUAAGCUUAUUUACAUCCUGAGCAGGACUAGCGUAACCAUGUAGUUCUUCUUCAUGACCUGACUUAAGUGAGAACACUACAAGCAUAGUUCUCUAGGUGAGGUGUGUAAUUAUAAGGAUUUUUUUCUUUUCAUUCACAACAUGCUUUUUAAACGGACAAUCGCAUGAGACGUGUAUAUUUUUCUGUAUUUGUAUUUUCAAUAUCCAAACUGAUAAUAAUUUCAAGACCUUGUAAUGUGCCAUAUGGGAGUAUUUUUUGCUAUAUCUGAUUUACAGAUAAUUAAGACCUUUUUUUAAUCUCCUUGGAUUUGCAAUACCAAAAUUGAUCAUAAUUUCAAGACUUUAUACUGUGAUUAUGGUCAGCCAGCUUCUUUCUAUGAGCCUCUUACUGGUUAUGUAUGAGUCUUCCUAAGCAGAGAGUUCAGCAGCUGCCUUAUCUUCUUUCCAUUUACAAUUUUUUGGGAAAGGCUGUUAAAUAGGCUAAGAAGCUUUCUUCUUCCUGGAAUAUACUCCUUGUUUUCGAUCAAAGCCGUCUUUUAAAGAGUUUGACAAGUGAUAUCAUUUAGGAAAUACAUAUUUAUUGUAAAUCAAUAUUAAAAAAAAAAAGUGUCCACCGUGUAAAUGUUCCCGAGUGAAAGGGGUCAGAGACAGUCAACUCCUCUAUGUAUUUAUUCUGACAAAUCCUUUUGUAACAGAUUUUCAUACGGAGACUUUUUUUAUGCUUUGUUAUAUGUGUGUGUGCAUUUGUGGCCAAUGCUUUUUAAAGAUUAAAAAUGUCUGGUACUUCAUUUAGAUGUCAGGAAGGUGAAGCAGUUGCACUAAUAGAAUCCUGUAAGAACAUAUCAAGAUACUUACAGUGUUAUGGAUAUUUAUAUAUAAAUGGGUACUUACAAUAUAGGUAGCCGACAAGGAAACUUUGACUUUCUGAGAUAGAAUGUAUCAGUAUUUGUUUCUCAGGCUGAGAAAUGUGAUAGGAUGUUUGAAUGUAUUGUACAGGGUGUGGGAACUUGAGUGUUUCCCCUCUGCAUUGCUUUAUGCUUGCAGGUACAGGUCAUUGUGUAUGUAUGUAUAUAUAUAUAUAUAUA